CCAUUGGCCGUUUGGAAUUUGGCAUCACCGCCGCCUGCCGUGUGCAUCGGCUAUGCUGUUUGCAGCCCUGCAGUCGCAUUUUGAGUUGCAUACAUUUAGUUUGUUUUCGACCGAUUCGUUUCAAUAUGGUACGGUUCAUUAGAAUUGUUAACGGCUUUAUAAAUACAUACUAAACAACAUCGAUGCCAUAAUUUGCUGGAAAAAGUGCACAUAAGACUUGGUACCUAAAUUAAGUCGGGUCGCAGGGUGUGGGCGAGGGGUUGGAUGUUUUUGCGGUCGCAUUCAAUUUAGGAUGAAUGGAUCCUAUUGAUAAAGUCGCUUUGCAUUUGCUAAAUAGGCGAGAUAAACAAAAAAACGCGGACCGAAUUGGUGGCACUAGCUAGUGAAUAUUGUGCAUGAUUACACAUUUUAAAUCUUUGAACAGGCUGAAUUCAAUAGGAUCACCAAGCUACUGAAAAAAUAUUGCACGAUAAUCACCAAAAUUUCCGGUGUAAAGCUUGUGGCGGUUGGAAGUUUUGUAAAGUUUACAAACGCCUUCAACUGAAUCUUAUUUAAUGGUUCCAUAAGAGCCAAUUCAUAUUACAUAUUUAUCCCUGCGGUUAUUGUAAAUGCGUGUGUAUAAAUAUUCUAAAAAAAAUCUGCUAAACCCUGAUAGUGUCGGUCUUACAAAAAUAACUGUGAUUUUAAUGAAACAUUUACGCUUUUCACGACCUAAUUUAUUUAGACAGAAGACAGUUUUAUAAUGGUCAGGAUUGGCUGCUCUUCCUUCGGGUUUGUGCAAAUCGGAUCAGCACUUGACAUAGCUUUCCUAUUUAUUAGAUUGCCUACUCUAAGUGCAUAUAUACAUAUGUACACACAUACAAACCGGCCAACGCUCGUCUCUCCCUAUAUUUUGUAUAUGAAUGUACGUGCGUGUGUGUGCGUGCGCCAACACAUUUCGCUGCACACGUGUGUGUGAAGGAGCGCUUACAUGUUUUCGCAAUUGAAAUUUUUUAGUGUUUUGCUGUCACUUUCAUUAAAUUCUCGAACUCUGUCAAUAUCAUGGCGAUUUUGCUGUUGUUGUCUCACUAACAACAGGGCCAUUAAAAGUAUUGUGCUGCCGCCACAUAACUUGUCCUUCUCGAAGCGAUCCUCUCCCAGCAUUUUUUCCCCCAUAGCAAUGCAGCCUCUCCCUCCGUCAACAAAUUGCUUCCAACAAUAAAAAAUAAGGGCAAAAAAAAUUUAGUAAAUGUUUGAAAACUGAAAAAAAAAGAAAUGUAGUAGCCCCACAAGCUGCAUUAAAGAAUGGUAGAAAGACAUGAACGAAAUCCUCCCAUCGCUUGGAUGCUCGGCGCUCGCUCAUGUCCACCGAUUUAUGCGGCGAAUUGUGCGGCUGCCUCACUUUUUCAGCACUCAGCCGGCUAUUGUGGGCCAGCGUAGGCUUUUUCAUUGCUGCAGUUGUAUUUUUGUUGUACGUGUUGUUGUGCACCGCGACAUUGGCAGACGGCUGUGGACGCGGUCGGCGCGUUUUUUGCUGCCUGCCUUGUUGGCCGGUCAGUCGAGUGUCGGAAGUCAAUCAAAAAGCCCGAUGUCACAUGCAAUUUCUUAGGCGAUUCUGAAUUGAUGAGCGCGAAAUGAGCGCGAAACGCACUUUGAUUCAUUUGAAAAAGCCGCAACCGCUAGAUUGAACGACUUGCCGCGCGCCGACUUGAAGCCGCAAACGCGAAAAGAACAAGCAGAACAAGAAAGAAACUAGCUAACGAAUACUUGACGGUUGUAGGGAUAAGGCGGCAAGGAUUACCGAGAUACCAGCAUUCUUACACAUACACACAAGUGUACGUACAUAAGCCUGCAUUCGUGUGGCAUGUGGCCACAACGAGAAUUGUGUGUUUUCGCGCGUCGCUCAAGAAUUGUAACAUACAAUUAGUUCGCAAUUGUUUUUGAGUGAAAAUCAGGCCAUUAAAUUGGCAGUAAGGCAACGCAACGCGGCGGCAGUGUUUCAUCGUUGCGUUACAAAACGACAAUUUACAUUAGUGUCCACACACUCACACUCUGGCACUCAUAAAUAUUUUAUGUGUUGGAGACGGUGGAAUCGCGGAAGCGCCUUUGACUGGCUACCACAAUUCGAUUAAAGGGGCAAAUCUUCUCUCUAAGUGCAAGUGUGUGUGUGUGUGUGUGCAUGAGCGUAAGACUAUUAGCGUGGAUUACUUUGCCGACGGCACUGUCGCUAAGGCGACACUAGUGAUCUUCUGUGCAUCGUUAUUGAAAUUUCCGAGUGCUACAGGGCGUAUGUGUGUAAUUUGUGCUUGCUUUCCUGCCAACUCGUUAAUAAACGAGGAGCAUCGACAAAGCAACUAUUUGCAUAUCUGCUUGAGACGAGUUGUGUUAUAAAGUUUAUUUGCAACUUUGAGUUGCCAAAGAAAUUUGUUUAAAUACUGUUGUGUAAUGUGAAUAAUAUCGACGAGCGCGUGAGGAAAUCAUAACCGUCGGAGUUGGACACAAUUAGUAAACCCGAGCAAAUGCGUAGCAUAUUGAAGGUAACAACUAACAACAGCAAGAAAACAAUAAUAGCUCGGAAACAAAUCACCAACGGUGCAUGGGUCAACAUCAUAAUCUAAAAGCGCAUCUGUACAACAACAUUUCGAAAUGGUUAUAAUGAGCCAAAUCGCACGCAAGCAACUAAAGAACUAAGCGACUGAGCGGCUAAGCGGUUACGCAUUCCAGAGACGUGGCAACAACAGCCAGAUGCAAGCUAAACGCGAAACCCAUAAAUCAUAAUAAAGCGUUCGCUGACGAAUUGCCGCCCCUCCGUUGAACACUCCGUCUUCAAUUUUCGCGCUUUGUUUGGAUCCACGCGCUCGUUGCCGACGGCAACAUUUACACAACGCAACGCCACACGCCGCGCAGUCCGAAUGCCACUGCUUUUGGCAAUGCCCGAACCAGAACGUUCUCUGCCUCUAAUGACAGUGGCCGACGCUGCCGCCGCAAUGCCCGAAGCGGAGGUGACAAAGUCGCCAACUCGAACCACUCCAACGGCGGCUGCGACAAGCAGGCCGAAUGCGUCCAGUCAAUCCAUGCCUAUCAAACAGCAAUCAAAUACAGUCAUAGCCUCAAAUGUACUGACAUCAACGGCAAUAGCAACAACAGCAUUGACAACAACGGCCGCAGUAACCGGCGCAUUAGCCGGCACAAUGCUUACGGCAAUGGCUCCAUCGAGUGCGGCGAUAAGAACAGCAGCCACUACAGGUGUUAAUAGCCAAAUUACAGACGAGAGAGGUAGCGUUACCUCGCCACAUCAUCACUCAACAGUUGGCGUUGUUAGCAGCAAUUAUGUAGUAAAUGAAAUUGCCACCGCCAGCAGCAGCAAGCCCGACGGAGCGAACGCAGCCGACGCAGACAACAUCAAUGGCAGUGUGUUUGGUGGCCGUUAUGACGGCGUGUCCGAUACUUCAUCAAAUCGACACCAUCGCCGACAUUUGAAUGGCAAUAGCCACCAAGCUAACAAUUGCGACGACUACGGCGGCGACGACAACGACGGCCACGAUGGCGGAGACAAGGUUAAUUGUUACGCUUCAGGCACCCGCUCCCCUCUGUGGCACGGCAGCGGUAAGCAAAUCUCCCCCGCUGCCCCAACAGCUUUAACGUCGACAACAGCUUGCUGGCAUGGGUGUUAUUCGCCCACUCGCCACCGAGAGAAUGAAUCAUCAAUUAGCGCUGAUGGAGUGACGACAGCACCAUCGCCGCAUUAUCCGCAAAUUCACGUUAAACAGGAAUUCCUUCAAACGCAAUACAUGCAAGACGAAGACGAGGUUGCGCACGGAGAUGAAGAGCGAACAAAUGAUAACGGGCAGACGGUGCACACAGCUCAAGCUGCUCCGGUCAAGCAAGGUAUGUAUGGUAAUGUUCUCUGAUGAUUUUAAUGUCAUAAUAUACGUGUCUAUGGGUGUGUGUGUGUGUAUAGGUGCACUUAGUAGCCAGCUUCAAUAUACAUACAUAUAUAGGUAGUAAAGAUUCUGGGUUAAUCCAUUUUAGUUAAUAUGGAAUAUAUUUUAGUAUCAAAUUAAACAUCUCAUUUGGGGCUUCGAAAUUAAAUUAAUAUCUAGUAGAACAGUGGCGUUAACCUAUAAAUUUGGACUUUCUCCAUAUUUCUGAAAAUCGGAAACACCACAGUACACCCCGUGAGUCUAACGCCAUUUAACUGGCUAAUUGUGUAUUUCUAUAGCUAAAGUAAAGCAAAGAAAGACUCGCCCGGUACCGA